AGUUUAUUACAUAAAUGAAACCGUUGGGAUUAGAUUGAAAACAGCCACCUAGUCCCUCAGCCCUGAACUGAGUCUCAACUCUCAAAAUCGGCAGGAUGUUAAGAUACCUCUUCCUCAUGGAGGCAAUUUUUGCUCUUUGGUCCCUGGCAUCCUGGGUAACUGCAGGAGAGCACGAAUUAAGUGGUGAAUGUCCUGCUGACCCUCUUCCGUGCGAGAAGCUGUGUGAUGGGGACACAUCUUGUCCCGAGGGCCACAAAUGCUGUAGCACUGGCUGUGGCCAGGCCUGCCGAGGGGACAUCCAGGGAGGGCGGGAUGGUCAUUGUCCCCAAAUUCUGAUGGGCUUGUGUAUUGUCACCUGCUUCAUGGAUGAGAACUGUCAACCCGGGGAAAAGUGCUGUAAGUCAGGCUGUGGCCGCUUCUGUGUCCCAGGACUCCGGCCACUCCAACAGCUCACAGACUCCAACAGGACCAAUGGGUCUAAUUCUGAAUCAGAGGCUCGAGUACCCUAGCCAUCCUGAUUCGUCUGGAGCGCCAGGAAGCUUCUGGAAGCCAGGAAGGGGUGACAUCCUUGGGCUUGUGACACUCCCAGGGACAUUAUGCCUUCUUGUUUUUGCUGCUACACAGAGCACAUACAACAGCCCUGGUGGUGGGUGCUUCUCUUUCCCAAUAAAACGCUGGCAUGGAACCUCUUGUCUGUACUGUGUAGGGUUCAGCGAGGCAGGCGAGCUGUGGCUCUCCCUGGGCAUGGCCUUGGCCUUGUGAAACUAUGGACUAAAGAAAGAGCAGGUUCUUUUUAAAAUGUAACGUAUAUAAAGAUAAAGUUCAAUAGAGUAGCCACUGUCUGGAGGACUAGUAACGAGUUACGUGUGAAGCCUUGGGUGAUCUUGGAUGAGUUUACUCAUCUUGGAAGUAAUACAUCCUGACUUGUUUGGUGCAUAGCAACAUAAAUAAA